CCGGUGGGACUUUCUGGGACGGGAUAAAUCGCAUAUAUAGUCCAAUUGCAAUUGAGCAGAUGAGUGACUUUAACACAAUGGCAGAACUAAAUCAUUUGGUGCACAACGGCAAAGAUUACGAUGUUGGUCCUUUUCGGACGUACGUACGUCCAGUUCUGGCUGAGUUUAUAGGGACAACACUGUUCGUUUUUAUUGGUGUGAUGUCCGCCACGCAGCCGGGCGCUAGCCUCGCAACAGUAGGCCUGGCACACGGGCUGACCAUCGCUCUCCUCAUCAUGGGCCUCGGAAAAAUCAGCGGUGGUCACUUCAACCCGGCCGUGUCCCUGGGAGUAUGUCUGGCAGGCGGUCUCUCCAUCGUUCUUACGAUCGCCUACGCCGUGAGUCAGAUCCUCGGGGGAAUGCUUGGAGCGGCAUUCGCUAGGGCUAUAGUUAAGGGUGACAUAUUCAACGCCAUGGGUGGAGGGGCACACAUCCCCCAAACAGACGCCGGCUGGGCCAUACUGGGGGAGGUAAUCCUCACAACCAUCCUUGUCCUCUCGGUCAUCAUGAACGCUGUGAAUAAGGAAACCAAAAAUGACUUUGCACCUUUCGCAAUUGGAUUGUCCGUAGCGGCAGACAUCAUGGCUGCAGGUAGUACGACUGGUGCCUCCAUGAACCCCGCCCGAAGUUUCGGCCCGGCAGUUGUAGCCUCGGCAGUCGUUUCAGUGAACCCAUGGCCUUACCACUAUGUGUACUGGGUAGGACCAGCAGGGGGCGCUGUACUGGCAGCCAUUUUGCACAGAUUUGUAUUUCAGAAUCCUCAAUCGCUAAACGGACAGAAAUUAAACGUUCAAAAACCGUCUGUGUUCAGCAUAGUCCUCAGUCCGCAAAGCGAACAGGGUCCUAAGAGCACCAUGACAAGCGGUGUUGCGGAUGACUCACAGAAAGGCCCGACGGAGACACAGUGAUACACACAUGAUCUUUGUGGAGCCAUUCCGGGCCACAAAGUGGCGAUCAUAACACCCAGGCAUAUAUAUUCAGGUUAUGAAACUGUUUGGUUUCAUUUCCGAAUUGCCAUUGAAAUUUGCAUUUAUUAUCAAGAGGUGUGUAGGUGAUGUCUACAUAACCUAAACACCAUCAAAACUUGCAUUUAUUCUAAGAAAUAACUCGUGUCUAAAUCGAAGUCACCAAAUAUAUAAUUAUAAACGGUGCAAUUGGACAAAAGAUUAAUUCCAAACUGGAUUUGUAUUAAUGAUGUUGUACAAGUAUAGUGUGUUAAAACACUUGCAUUGUAUUACUCUGUGCCAUAUCAUAUACUCAAUAUAUACAGCAUAUUUAAUUUGAAAUUUGAAAUAAAUUCUAGUUUAU